CCCCGGCACACGCCCUCCUCCUCCUCCUCCUCCUCCUCUUAGCGAUGGUCUGCUUCUGCGGUGCGAAGGGUUUGCACGUCUGAACGGUUUAAAGCUUUCGAUCACAGACGCAUGUGUGUGUGAAUCAGAGGUGAAAAGACUUUCCCAGAGCAUCACUGGCCUCACACACUCUCUCUGACACACACACAUAGACGCACAUAUAGCGAGUGUAUAGAGUAGAGACUGCUACGCUCGACACUCAGACAAAAAAAUUGUGUCAAGUGCAGAAGGGCUGCAAUGGAGGAGAACAUGGAAGAAGGACAGACACAGAAAGGUUGCUCUGAGUGUUGUAUUAAAUGCCUGAGCGGGAUUCCUUACGCUUCUCUCAUCGCCACCAUUCUGCUGUAUGCCGGCGUGGCGCUCUUCUGCGGCUGUGGGCAUGAGGCUCUCUCUGGCACCGUCACCAUCCUGCAGACCUAUUUCGAAUUGGUCCGAUCAACAAACGAAACCCUGGACGUCUUUACCAUGAUUGAUAUCCUGAAGUACGUGAUCUACGGCAUGGCUGCAGCAUUUUUCGUCUACGGGAUCCUGCUGAUGGUCGAGGGCUUUUUCACCACUGGGGCCAUCCGUGACCUGUACGGAGAUUUCAAGAUCACGACCUGUGGGCGCUGCGUGAGCGCUUGGUUCAUCAUGCUGACCUAUGUCUUCAUGCUGGCCUGGCUGGGCGUGAUGGCCUUCACCUCUCUGCCAGUGUUUAUGUACUUCAACAUCUGGAACACCUGUCAGAACAUGACAGUGAUUGAGGGAACCAACUUCUGCUUUGAUCUGCGCCAAUUUGGAAUUGUAACCGCUACCGAAGACAAGAGAAUCUGCACCAGCUCCGAGAGCUUCGGCAACAUGUGCCGUUCUAACGAGCUGGAUCUGACGUUCCACUUGUUUGUCUGUGCUCUGGCGGGGGCAGGAGUGGCCGUCAUCGCCAUGGUGCACUACCUGAUGGUCCUGGCAGCGAACUGGGCCUACGUGAAGGAUGCGUGCCGCUUGCAGAAGUAUGAGGACAUCAAGAGCAAGGAGGAGCAGGAGCUACAUGACAUCCACUCCACUCGCUCCAAAGAGCGCCUCAAUGCCUACACAUAAGCCACACACACACAUACACACACAUACAAUCCUAAGCAUGCCCUUUACCUUCCCUGAACAACACACACUCACACACACACACACACACACACACACACAUAUAUAUGUAAUGAAUUUGAUUGUUUAGAGGACCAGCGGCAGGAUGAACUUACACACACACACACACACACACACACACACACACACACACUUUUUACUGUUUCCAUGAAAUUUUCUUUUCUUAUCUUCUUUUUUUACUUUUCUUUUUUUUCUUAUCUUUUUUUCUUUUCUUUUCUGCCUCGUCGGUCGUUUUGUUGGCUCUUAUCCGUUAAAGUCGCUUCACAAUGUUUGUACAUCUAAGAUGCAGCAUCGAAAUCGAUUUCAUUAAUUUAAGCUGAAGACAAGCUCCACCCACUAGCUCCUUAUUUACAUACAAUUUACAUACGAUCAGCACCGAUUUGCCCAUCAUUUGAAUUUAUUUGCAUGAAAACCAUAGAAUGAAUAAUAUUUAACUUUAAAUCUAGUAUUUGUUUGAAACUAAAUUUCAUGCUCACAAUUACAGGCUUUCUGACCAGAUGCACAAUUGUAAAGUUACUCCAAAGAUCGUUUUGUCCGCAAGCAACUUUAACGAAUAAGAGCCAUUCGUCUUAAAAAUAUCACACCGACAACAUGUCAAACUACUGUUUUUAUACUUGUGGAGCUUUUAAUGAUCCAGAUCUGUUUUAGCUGCAUUGUUAGCUACUCGAUUAUUUAUACUUCUCCUGGUAUAAAUAAGACAAGUCUAACAUUUUUAAUCUCAGCAUAAAAAUGAAACUCCUUGAUAUUUCUCAGAAAGGGUUUAUUAAAUAUUAUACACAAACUUAUGACUAUUUUAGCGAAAUAACUCCUGGACAUAAUCACAUUAAAAUUCUGAAAAGCAGUUUGCGUAAAUAAACCUGAUUAUUUUUCUAUAACAUUAACCUCAUUUACGUGGUUUUACUCGCCUUCCUGCGUCGUAGAACUUAAACUGGGCUGUUUUUUUUUUUUUUUUUUUAAUCGUCCAAAGCUAAAAUGUGACCAAACUUGUACGAUUUCACAGAUUCUUUUCCAGCAAACUCUUUUAAACCUUAAAAAUGACUUUUUACAAAAAUGUAUAAAAGUUGUAUCUUAGUUUUAGCCAUGUCUGAGAAACAUACGCUUAUAAGAACAUGAAGAAGCUGUGACACUGGUGCUUCGUAUCAAACCGUUUGUAAAAGCUAUAAAGUGCGCAUUUGCUCCAAAAAUUUAGUUUGAGAAAAUUUCUAGAUUAAAUAAACAUUCAAAUGAAAUCAUAAAAUGAUUUUUUUUAUCGCUCAAGUGUAGCUUUUUAAUUGUAAGUGAAGUAUUUCAUGAUGUUAUUUGACACUGGUGCUUCGUCUCAGGCUGUUCGUCAAGCUGAAAAGUGCACAAUCUUGCAUCCAGAAAGAAUAUUAUUAUUAUUAUUAUUAUUAUUAUUAUUAUUAUUAUUAUUAUUAUUAUUAAAACAAUCGGAAACUUGCUACAUUGAGACAAAAAUGUAUUUUCUUUACAUUUAGAAUUACAUUCCGGUGAUGACUUAAAUUAAUAAAUUCAUUUUACAAAAAUGUCUUUAUUAUGAAUAAUAUUUAAUUAUUAAUUUGCAUUAAAUACUUUAAACUUCUUUUUUUAUGUAAAUUGGGAAUAUAUAAAUUAAUAAAAUAUAAAAUCAUUUAAUAAUAAUAAUAGUAAUAAUAAUAAUAAUAAUAAUAAUAAUAAUAAUAAUAAUAAUAAUAAUAAUAAUGAGGAAUAGUCUCUCUGAGCUUAGUUAGAAUUGUGUGAGUAAAAUUCAAAUUUGAAAUAAAAGUGAGAACUUGGUGCUGUUCGAGCUCCUGGUUUAGAUUUGCCUUGGAGAGAUUCUGUAGAUUCUUCUGUCAUCCAUCACAAGCCAUAAUCUCACUAACAAUAACCUCUGCCAUGUUUCUUUUCUUUUCUUUUCUUUUUUUAUUUUUCAGCUUUUAAAUGUUUUAAACGCUUAAAGGCACGAUGCAGAAGAACUGGAACAUCCUCUACACUGUAUAUACACACACGAGAGAUCUAGAUCAGUGCGGCUUUUCAGAAGAGUUUCAGAAACUCUCUGAUGUUUUGGGUGACAACCUGAAGAAUAAUGUCCAUAAUUGUCCAUGGACAAAAAUAACAUGGAAUAAAUCAAGAAUUACAUUUAUUUUUAUUUUUUUAAGUAAUAAAUAAACUUGUUAACUUGCUUGUUGUUUUAAAUUAAAAUGAUUAGAAUAAUAUAAUUAGAAUCCUAAUGAAAAACAUAAAUCUAAUAAAAAAAAAACCCUGUAAAACAAAUACAAUAUUUUAUUUGAUUUUAUUUUAUUAUUUGCUCCAUACACGAUCAAUUCAGUGCCCUGUUUCUUCUUGUCUAUAUUUAAUCCAUUCAAUUUUAUUUAACGGUUUGAUCUUUAAAGAUCUGGACCAAACCCUUUGGGCUGGAUUUAGCCACCUGUAUCUGCCCUCCCUGAGUGUCUCCUGAUUAAGAACCUGACGCUGUCCUCUUUUUAUCUUCUCGUCCGUCUUCAUUUUUUAAAGUUUUUUUGUUAAGUUUUUGAGCAUUUAAAUUCAUUGGUAAGUCGCUGUACAGUUCGAUCUCCAGCAUUGGUUUUUACACCAAACUGAACAAUAAUUAACAAAUAAAUCAUUGUAUUAGCUAAAGACUGUCGAGUCUAGUUGUUGUUUGUGGCAUGGUUAUAAAAUAGUUUUUAACUGACUACAAAAAAAAAAAAAAAAAGCAAACAAAUAAACAAGACAAAGGUUUAUUUUAAUUUUUACACUGACUGUCUUGCUGAUUUCUUCUUCUUCUCCUCCUCCUCCUCCUCCUCCUCCUCUAGUGUGCAGUAUUCAAGUAGAUAAUGGAGCAGUAUUAAAGGAUAAAUAUCUUACUUGGUUGUAGUGUUUGAGUUUCGUCCUAGUUUGAAGCAGAAAAAAAAAACGUUCUGAUGUUGCAUACACAGUAUUCAUCUCUCUCUCUCUCUCUCUCUCUCUCUCUCUCUCUCUCUCUCUCACUUACUCAUCAGUCUUUUGUAUUUUCACUAAGAAUGCUUUGUUGCUGGCUGUAAAUUUAAUCAGUUUUUGUACAUACAUGUGCCAACAGCUUGACAAUGGCUUUUUCUCCAUUUUUUCUUCAUUUUUUUGAACUGUAGAAUUAAACCUGCUUGCAGAAAUAAAGACACUUGUGUACUUGUUAAAAAAGGA